AGCUGAUUUGUCAAUAAUGUCAAUUAUGCUGCAAUUAUGGAUGGAAUUUUGAAAUGAACAUAAAAAAGUUAUUUAUUUUACUUUUACAGUUGUAUUUAACCAAGUGAUUUAAUCAUAGUAUCAUAAUUAUUAUUAUUGACCAAUCAUGCGGAACUUGUUAUAUUUUUUCCUUGCAAUUUAUAUCUUCCAAGGGGCACAGGCACAAUUCGAUGAUAAACGAUGUAAGUGUAUUUGCCCCAGCCUUUCCUCGGUUACAAAUAAAACAGAAAAAUCACAUACUUCGAGACUUAUGCAUACUACCAAUGACCCUCCUAAUAAAUGCAAUUGUGAAGUGGUAAUGUUGCCUAGGGUGGCUGAUCAGUUAAAUAUAACUGAAAUGAAGGAGUUUUGUCCAAGGUGUGAAUGUAAAUAUGAAAACCGAAAUACAACUAUAAUCCAAUAUGUUGUCAUAAUAGUAAUAUGGAUCAUUUCGAUUUUGGUUGUUUAUAUGUUAUUCUUAAUAAUAUUGGAUCCAUUGUUAAACAAAAGAGUUAGGGGAAAUUAUCAGGAACACACAAAUGAGGAUGAGGAUUCUCAAGCUGGUCCAAUGUCACACAACAUGACUGUUAGAGGGAAUGUGUUAAAUCGAGUCAGUAACCAACAAGACAAAUGGAAAAGACAAGUUAUAGAACAAAGAAGAAAUAUUUAUGAUAGACAUACAAUGUUAAAUUGAGUACUCUUUUAAGAUUUUCUUCUAUAUAACUUUUCUAAAGAUCUUCAUUAAUUUGAGCUCUUUAAUAAUAAGGCUGCAUAUUUAAAUAAUCGUAACAAAUGUAUAAUAAACAUCAACACAAUAAAUAUGUGAAGCUUGUUAUUAAAAAGUUUAACCACAUCAUCCAUUGUGUAUUAUUAAUUUAAUUUUCUUAAUAUAUGGAUAUAUUGUAGUGUUAAAAUAAAUACAAAUGUUA